AUGUUUGAUCUCGGGCUGAUGCGGGAGCGGUUGUUGACUGUGGCCGCCGGACGGGUGUAUUUUCGGCUGUCCGCGGGCGAGAUAGUCCGUUUGCAGGGGGACGUCAAAGCGUACCUGUCCCGUGGGGACCGUGCGCUGUCCAAAGUGCAGCUGCUGGCGCUGUUGGAGAUGCACUUCUACCUAUGUGUUCUGAGUGGUGCAGAUAAGGAGGCAUUGAGUGUUUUUCACCGGUGUAGGGACAAUUUGGGGGUCAAUUCCCCGAAAGUGCAAGCGAUGUACGCGACUUUGCUGCAGAGUGACGGCGAGGACGCCGUUGGGUACUACACGAAGCUGCUGCAGGACGAGUACGAGUACAGCACGGACCCGGCGAGCUACGUGUUCCUGUCGAAGCGGCUGCUGGCGGCGCGCGGGCUCGAGGAGGGCUCGCCGCAGAUGAUCGAACAAGUGGGCGCGCUGCUGGAGCGGUUCCCGCUGGACGCGGAACUGUGGUGGUUCAUGGGCGACCAGUACUUGUGCGCGCAGGGUCAGCUGUCGAAGGCCGCGUACUGUUUUGAGCAGGUGCUUUUGUCUCAUGCCCUUCAACUACUCCGCUUUUGCACGGCUCGCCGAGGUGCUGUUGUCCAUGAGCAAAGCGGGGCCCCGGGGGAGCUGUCCCGUGCCCUGGAGUAUGCCCUGCGGAGUGUAGAACUGAGCGAAACCUUUCUGCGCGGAUGGUCGCUCGUGUACACGAUCUCGAAGCAGAUGAAAGGCAAAGACGAGCUUGUUCAGCUGGCACGUAGCAGAUUGCAGAGCAUCGAGGAGAGUUUUAACGAGAGAGACAGUGCCACAGCACGGUAUAUACUGAAAGCAGAGUAA